AUGUGUGCUAUUUCUGGAGGGCCGCGAGUGCUGCGGGUCAAUCAGGUCGACGCACUUCGUGUGGAUCAGGAACUCGUUCUUCUGCUGCAGGAGGAAGCAAACGGGAUCCUCCGGCACCUGUUUCCCCUGUCGCCGGUCAGACGGCAACGGGAACUCUUCCUUGCUUUUCAGCUCUUCUUUUUUUGCGCGUACACACUACGAAACCGCCCGUCUCCUGGUGACCUACUCCAGAAUGUCAAAUACCGAUCACAAUCCCAGACGGACGAGGCCGGGCAGCCGGGGUCACACGCUCUCAGUGCUGCGGCGGCGAGAGACCGAGCGUUUCUUCUUGCACCGGCAAGACGAGAGCGGUCGCUCACGGAAGGGCUGAAAGAUUUUCAGGUGCGGCAGUUCUUGUCCAAGAGGAAAAAGCUACUCAUUCUGCUCUUCUCCAUACUCCUGCCGUACGGUUUCGAGGUGCUGCAGAGUGCCGUUACAGAGCGGUACCUGGCGCUCUUGUCUGUGUUGCAACAGCGAGCCCGCCGCGCCGAAGCUCUUCGGCGCUUCCGCCCCGCCCAGGAACGGCGAAAUGCAAGCCUGUCCCCGACAGGCAAUCACGCGUCUGCGACGGGAGAAGAGAGAACUGCGGGAGCAGGUGCCGUAGUCUCACAUCUUGCCCUUACGCGGGAGGAGCGAUUGGUCGUUGUACUUUACCGGGCUUCUCAACUGGUGCACACGCUUCUGGUCGCACUGCAAGUGGUGCAGGCGAUCUCCUUCCUUGUGCACGGGACGCACCGCAGUCUAACAGACUGGCUGCUGGGACUGGAAAUGGAAUUCAUUGCUCCUUCUCUGCCCCGAAGCAUAUCCCUCGAACUGCUGCAACACCAACUGUACUGGCACGCCUUGACUCAGUUGCUGCUCCUCGUUGUGCCGAAUCUUCCUCAGCACCGCUUGCUUCUUCGACGGCUGUUGCGCCUCGGAACACGAUCCGGAGGCAGACUCGCUGCUCUGCGCCACCGUCUGGCCGUCUGGCUACGAACAAAGGAGGCAGAGCUUCGUAGACGAGAAACGGACGCUUCCGAUCUGCAGUCGCAGCAAUCUGCAGAGCAGGCAGAGCACUCGCAGUCCAAUACUGGACAUCGGCGGUCACAGGACGAGCCGAAAUCUCGACCAAGCAAAGCGGGCAAGACAUGUGCUUCCAAGAAGCGUCCCUCACCACGGCCCAAAACAUGCACACCAACCGUCAGCCUGUCUCAGCAUCAAGUGGGGAGAUCGACGGCUAGUUCCAACGCACAUACUUUUGCCAGCCAACCUACUCGAGGUUCCGCCGACGCGAUGGUUUUUCUAAGAACCAUUGGUGUCUCGUGCCGCAUUUUGGGGUACCGCUCUCUUCGAGCUGCUUGUGGCGGUCUAGCGCGUUUGACAUACGGUGGCGCCGACUUUCCGUCAUUGAGGGAAGGUGAAACUCGUCGAAUCUAUUUGACAAAGGCAGAACUUGCGAAGCGGGACCCCAGGUCAGGGCCGGUAACAUGCGAUGUCGCACUCCCGUAUCAGGCCUGUGCUGAAGAAACGGACAGCGAGUCUGACUUCACGGAAACAGAAAACGCCUCGUGCGUUUUCUGCGGAAAAGAAGACAUUCUCUUGCCCUUCAGAGGAGACGCGUGCAGACAUCACUUCUGUUACUGGUGCGUGGCAUCCCAUCCAAGUUUUCGACUUGUACCCAACGACCGUCGCACUCGAGGAGAGUGUACUAAGAAUAACGCGGCACAGAACCGUGUGCCGGACGCGAAAGAAGCCGACAGUGCCAUCGAGCUAGAGGCAGCUGAUGAAGAAGAAUUACUAGAAUGCCCUGCAUGCGGAGCUGAGAUCCAAAGUAUCGCAUGGGCGCAGUAA